AUGCCAGCUACAAAGGUUGAGCGAUCCAAGGCCACGCCGGCGAUACCCAGGCCGAGCUCAAGCGUCAUACUCAUCUCGCCCAAAAAUGAAGUCCUGUUACUGCAUCGCGUCAAGACGUCAACUUCAUUUGCCUCGGCGCAUGUAUUUCCUGGAGGAAAUCUGUCUGCUGAGGACGGGGAAUGUCCCGCGGUGGGAAAUCCAAAGAGGCACGAGGAUGCGCCGUGGUACCGCAAUGCUGCCGUGAGGGAAUUGUUCGAAGAGAGCGGUAUCCUGCUGGCGAGAGACAAGAACACGGGCGUAAUGCUAGCUGUGCCCGAGGCAGAGAGAGAAAAAGGAAGACGGGCCAUCCAUCAGCAUGAGGUGACGUUUGCCGAGUGGCUGAAGAAGCAGAAUGCUGCAGCAGUACCGGAUAUAGAGCCUUUGAUCCCGUUCACGCGAUGGAUUACCCCUACGAACGUCCCCAAACGGUACUCAACACAGAUGUACCUCUACUUCCUGCCUCUUCCAGUUGAGACAGACCAGUCAGUACUGAACGAGAUUCCCGCCGAAGGGGAACGGGAAGAAAUUCAAGUUCCUACGAGCGACGGCGGAGUCGAAAUAACGGAGGCCAUGUUCCUGCCUGCAGCAGAAUGGCUGCGGAGGGCUCAAAGCGGCGAAAUCAUCAUGUUCCCUCCGCAGUUCCUUCUGUUACAUCUAGUGUCGCAAUUCCUUGACAAGGAACCGCGAGCGACGGCUUCGCUUGAGGAAUUGAGGAACCGACGGGCACAACUGGUGGAGUUUGUGCAUUCGGGAACACCGCCUUGGACGGAGAAAUGUAUCUCCCCUAAGAUGCUCAAGAUGUCCUCGGACGGACGGACUGUGUUAGCACUAGAUCGUCCCGGACCGGAGUUGGAGGGCACAAAUCGGGCUGGGGAGCCGGAUCGGGUGGUGUAUGUACAGUUCAAGCAGGGGGCUGCUCGAAAUCUCGAUGUUCGAUGGAAGAACGAUGUAUUUGUAGAGCAGGAGAAGAGCAGUCUGUAA